AACGCAAAUUUUGUCAAUUAGAAGAGCGAGCGGUCUUAUAACAAACAAAGUCAAUUGUUGGAUUGACGGUUCCUCGUGGUAAUCCAUUAAUGGCGACGGAAUUAUUUUAAGUGAUUACUAUAAUAAUUUGAUGAAAAUUGAAAAAAAAGAAAUAUGGUCUCGGUAAUGCAGCCAUUCAUGGAUGUUGAGAGCUCGAGAAGUUAUAUCGAUGAACUAUACUCCUUGGAUCCACAAAAAUGCUUAGAAGCAAUUAUAUGUCUUAAAAACUCUGUGAUUGGAAGUAAUAGACAAAAAGGUUCUGUAAUUGCUCAAGGUGUAGUACCUCGUUUAUUACAACUUCUUGGCGAUUCAUCAGAUAGAAUUGGAGAUAAUAUAAGAUUAGAGGCUGCUGUAACAUUAGGUUCUUUGGCCAAAGGAACAGAUCAACAUGUAUUGGCACUUAUAGACCUCGGUGUAGUGCCGUUACUUUUUCAGGUCAUAUUAUCUACACCUGUCUCAGAAAUACCUUUAGAAGGGAAACCAAAAGUAACAGAUUUGUUAAAUGAAGCAUGCUUACGUUGUUUACGUACUGUAUUUCAACAUCCAGCCGCUCCAGUUCAUUCAAUAUAUCAGGACCCUGCAUUGGUACCAAGAUUAGUAUCAUUAGCAAAUCAGUCUGUUACAUGUCAGAUUUGUGUAGCAACAAUUUUAACGACAGCAUGCAAGGUAAAGACAACAGAAGAUCAGAAUGCAUUAUCAAAAGGUGGAGCAGUAGAAACACUAGCAAUGCAGUUGGAUUCACCAUUACCUGAUGUACAGUUAUCAGCUUUGGCUUGUUUGGCAAAUAUGUGUUAUAAAAAUUAUAGGGUAUGUCUUAUGGUUGCUUCCGCGACUACAAGUAAUACACCACAUGGUAGACUUGUACCUGUAGCAUUAGGACAAUUAAUGGGUCGUGAAAAAAGCUCCUUAAUUCAACUUGAAGCUGCAAGAUGCGUCACAUAUAUGCAUAGAACUGGGGUUUUAUUGUAUAAAGAUCCGAGAAUUAUAUAUUGGGCUUUACCUUGUUUAGUGAGACUCUGUCACAGAGACCAUCCUCCUCGUGAAAGAAUAGCCGCGGCUGAAACUUUAGCUUUUCUUACCGAAGUUAAUACUGAAUUACAACGCCUAGCUUCCAUCAGUAAUCAUUUAAUUCCUACACUCGCAGAAUUACUACGACCUCAUCCACACGUACAAGAUGCAACGUUAACGCAAGACAUGCGACAAGCCGCGUUCAGAGCAUUUGCAUCUCUAGGUGCAAAUGAUGAAGAUAUUAGAAAACGUAUUAUCGAGACAGAAAGUCUUAUGGAACAGGUAGUAGCAGGUCUGCAGGAUCCUGGAGGUUCUCAUGUACGUUUAGCAGCAGUUAGAUGUUUGCAUUCUCUCUCUAGAAGUGUUCAACAACUCAGAACAACUUUUCAAGAUCAUGCCGUUUGGAGACCACUGAUGCAACUGUUACAUGGUGCAGAUAAAGGAUUAGAGGGUAGAGGCGAAAGCGAAAUUGAUUUAUUAACUGUUGCUUCAAGUACUUUAUGUAACUUAUUAUUGGAAUUUAGUCCGAGCAAAGAACCAAUUCUCGAAUCUGGUGGAAUAGAAUUGUUAUGUUCGCUUACAAAACGAUGUACACCAGCGUUGCGAUUAAAUGGAAUUUGGGCUUUAAUGAACGUGGCUUUCCAAGCUGAACAGCAAGUGAAAUUGCAGAUUUUACAAUGUUUGGGAACUGAUCAAAUUUUUUGUCUUCUGGCGGAUCAAGAUAUACCAGUGUUAAUGAAAACGUUAGGUUUAUUACGAAACUUGCUCUCCACAAAAGCACAUAUAGAUCGUAUAAUGGGAGAACAUGCGGCGCACGUUAUGCAAGCUGUCAUAUUAGUUUUAGAAGAUCCAAGACAUCCAGCAGAUGUAAAAGAACAAGCUUUGUGUAUUUUAGCAAAUGUAGCUGACGGUAUUCGAGCAAAAGAUCAUAUUAUGGCUAAUGAAGAUGUGCUUAAAAAACUUAUGGAUUAUAUGAUGCAUAGUAACGUGAAGCUGCAGGUUGCUGCAGUCUUUUGUGUGUGCAAUCUAGUCUGGCGAGAAGAGCCUGGUGCUGCGCAAAGGCAAGCGCGUUUAAAAGAAUUGGGUUUUUAUCGUAUUCUGCAACAGUUACGUCAAAGCAAGGAUCUUCAAUUAUAUGAUAAAGUUAGAACUGCCGUGACCCAAUUUUACGACGCAUAAAUUUCAAACGUAUUACCGAUUAAAAUUAAAUUUUGAUUUAAAAUUCUUUGAAGCGUGAAUUACAAUGAUAUUUUGGUGUUAACACUGUGAUCCUGUACUUUCUUAAUGCAUAAGCAUUUUAUAUUUAUAUAGAAAAGAUAUAAAGCAAUAUCCCUGGCGAUGUAAUGUG